GUAUUCCUUUAAUCUUAGAAACAUUUUAGAGUAUAAAGUAUAUUUAUUUUAUGCAGCAAACUCCGUUGUGACUCUGAAGGAGGAAUAUUUAAGUAAGAAUUUAAAAUGUACUUUACAUAUGUCGUUCGCCCCGGAGAGGCUCCAGAGAGCCGUGGUCCGCAAUUCGAACCUGUAUGGGACUUUCUAAUGGAUUACAACUUGAGGUUUGGGUUUCUCGCACAAUUGUUUGCACUAAUACUAUUGUUGUUCGGUAUAUUCUCAGGUGGUAAGGAUCCAUUGGCUCUUCUGACCUUCUUGAGGGCUCUACCUGGAAACUUUGGAGUGACUCCCUUCUCUCUUACCUUAGUUUGCCACGGCCUAUUUAUCAUGGGAACAUUGCUCAUUAUGGCAUUCAUUCAAAUGGGUGAAGAUGAUGCCAGUAUUAAGCAAUCUAGAGGCUAUAGAGCAGGAACAAAGUUUCUUCUUCAGGCAACUUCUUUUGGAGCUGUUUCUUGGUCACUGUCAAUGAUCUCAUUUUUGGGGGCUACCUAUUACUUUGAUGCCCAGUGGUUGGACGAUCAAAUUGGAGAUGGUUCCUCUUGGCUAAUUUACUUUAGCUCUCGUUUAUUCGAUUCCUUUGCUUUGAUAUUAUAUGCUGGAGCUACCUUUUUCUUGGAGACUUAUCACUCUGAAGGUACAAAUGAAACUUGGGGAUGGCUCUGCAGUUCCACAUUUCUUGCCGCCGGUAUUUUGGAAAUUGCAGCACUCAACUUUAUCAAUACUCCUGCAUUUGUAAUUUUGGAGAGGUUGUAUACUGUUGCCUUUGGCGUAGCAUUGUUCUUUAGUUCAAUAUGGGCAUUAUUGUUCGAACCAGUGUCCCACAGAUAUGAGGUUAAACUUACACAAUCCGCUCUUAGAAAUGAGUAUUAUAAAUCUAGAAAUGCCAUGGCAUAUUAUGGUCCAGCAGUCGUAGACCAAAAUGGAGAUAUAGAUAUUGCAGCGGCGACACAACAGGUGCAUCAAGCUUUUAAUCAACCCAUGUAAUUUAUAGUGUUUU